AUGCUCAAAGCCGAGAGGUCACUAACAUUUCUCGUCUUAACAACAUCUAUUUGUAUGAUCAGCCUGGCUCUGACGAAUGUUUAUUUCUUCAUCUACGCUAAUGCUUUCAUAACGCUGACAGCAAGACCUUUUCAAAUUGACCUAUUGCUGUUCCUUCCUAUAUGGGUGCUGUAUUUCACGCAUCCUGCUUUCAAGCCCAAAACUGUUUCGUUUUGUCCGUUAGCAUCAUCAGUAAUAACAUCCAAU